UCUCUCUCGCUGUCCCUCUCUUCCUCUCUCACACUGCCUCAGCAUCUCAGAGCCACCGGCAGACUAAACAGUUUGUGAAGGUACUCGCCAACAGAGUGGAGCCAGCACUGAGGCGCACACAGAAGAAACGCAUGCACACACUCACACACAUGCUCGGCGAGAGACCGGGGGGUGGACCGAGGCUCCAGCAGUAGCAUGUCCACCGGCUGCAGUCAGACAUGUAGGAAGAGGAGGUGCUCUGCUCUCCGAUCCAUGUUUGCCUCAGUCCUCUAAGCACCUCCCAUCCUCCCCACCCCCCUGAACGCUCUCUCCCUUGCUCUGCGGAUGCUGAGGGGCUAGCUGGAAUGACCCAGGAGAGCGGGAGACACAAGGAGACGCUAGACGGGGCUGCUGGCCGGGAGGACUCUCUGAUCCUUGAUCUCUCCUCUUCUCCAGGCUGACAUACAGAAGCCAGACCUCUGAUCUGCAGAUGCAUGCCCAUGUAGGAGGGCAUGGCUGUGUAUAACGAGGGUCUUCAUCAAGCACAGGCGCGCAGAGGAGGACCAGCACAGAGACACGCAGGGACACACAUCUCCGACCAGACACGUGUGUGCGUGUCGGUGAGUUUUUGUGGGAGACCCCUGCUGUAAGACCACAGCCUCCCGUCCACCGGUCAGCAUUCAGAGAUUGUGAAUGAUUGCGAAGCAGAUAGCAGCCUUUGCAGUGCGACCCUGUCCCAUGCUGCUCCCUCCUCUCAGGGGAUGGCAACGGUCCAGGAUGGACACACGAACGCAUGUGACAGCUCUGCAAUGUUAGAGGAGAGCCAGGAUGGUAUGGACAGCGGUACCCUAAGUCCUGCCUCAGCACGACAGGUCACCAUCCAGCGCCACCCGACUGAAGGCUUCGGCUUCAUUGCAGGCAGUCAGAGGCCUGUCAUUGUACGCUCCGUCUCUGCUGACGGCCCCUCUUUUGGCAAGCUUCUUCCUGGAGACCAGAUCUUGGCCAUUAACGAGGAGACGGUGAGCGACGCGCCACGAGAGAGAGUCAUAGACCUUGUAAGACGCUGCAAAGACACAAUAGUUCUCACUGUGCUGCAGCCCCAUCAGUCACCCAAGUCUGCCUUCAUAAGUGCAGCCAAAAAGGCCCGCCUGCGAACCAACCCGCCUAAAGUGCGCUUUUCAGAGCAAGUGUCCAUCAGCGACCCAGACUCAACGAUGCUCAAGGACGACUCCCUGCUACUCAUACCAAAUGUGUUGAAGGUGUUCUUGGAGAAUGGACAGAUUAAGUCCUUCACGUUUGAUAGCCGCACCACUGUCAGGGAUGUGAUCUCCUCCCUGCAGGACCGCCUCUCACUGCGCUACAUUGAGCACUUUACCUUGGUGUUGGAGGCAGGUGGUCUGGAUCAGAACCAGAGGUUGCAUCUGCUGCAGGACAACCAGCCACUGACACAUGUGGUGCACAGAACGUAUUUCCAAGGGAUGAAGUGUCUGUUCCGCAUCUGCUUCUUCCCCAAGGACCCGGCAGACCUGCUAAGAAGGGACCCUGCUGCUUUUGAGUACCUCUAUAUACAGAGUCGCAAUGACGUCAUCAAGGAACGCUUUGCAAUGGACUGGAAAUCUGACAUCACUUUACGACUGGCUGCGCUCCAUAUCUACAUCACUGUGUCCUCUGCACGGCCCAAUCAGAAGAUCUCUCUGAAGCACGUCGAAAAAGAAUGGGGGUUAGAGCCCUUUCUUCCCCCCACUUUGCUUCCAACUGUCAAGGAGAAGAAUGUGUGCAAGAGCCUCUCUCAGUUGCUGAAGACAUAUCAGCAUCCACCACCGUCGGGCAACAAGGUCCCUCCUCUCCAAGGAAAGCUGCAGUACAUGCGUGUACUCAACGACCUCCCACCUUUUGGUGGCAUACUGUUUCACACUGUUGGACUGGACGAGAAACAAUCAGCUACAACACUACUUGUGGGUCCUCGGCAUGGUAUAAGUCAUGUUAUUGACCUGAAAAACAACCUCACGACUGUUCUGGCUGAGUUCAGUCGGGUGGUCAAGAUCCAGCUCUACCGUGAGAGCCAGGGAGUGGCUCGUGUGGAGGUGACAAUCCAUGAAGCCAAGUCUCCUAAUUCCCCUCCCUCCCACCCCUUGCAGCCCCUGGUCCUACUCAUGGAAUGGCCUGAAGCCAGUAACUUUGCAUGCCUCAUCUCUGGCUAUUACAAGCUGUUUGUAGACCCCAAACGGACCAUCUACUUCCGGACCCCUGGUCAGUCUCAGCUGACCAAAGCAGAUUACAGAAGCUCCCACCAUGCUCACCCACGUUCUGCGGCAACCAGCUUGCCAAGUGGAGGGCGGCGAGGGGACGAGAGGGAAAGCUCACACAGGGAGUCAGGUUCUUCAAGGGCCCUAGUACCGGCAGAGUCUCAACAUCUGGGCCUGUGUCAUGUCCACCUCCGGGAACAACAACAAUUUCAAGAGCUCCAAACACACGGUGAAGCUGAACUCGACAUCAAUGAAAAUUGUAUUUCCCAUGAGCCCCCUGGGCGGCCCCGCACUAAGUCAGACCCGAUCCAGCAGAGUACAGAGGAAAUAGCUGGAGUUUUAGAGAUCCCACCAGUGGAGAAUGCAGGAUUCAGAAUCCGAGCCCAAACACUUUGUCAAUCCCAGAAAGCCUCACAAUACUUUUGUGACUCCUGCAAAGCCAGGCACAGGGCAGAGGGUCAGUCAACAGCUUUGAACAGUAGUGGGAGCUCGGGGAAACACUGCUCCAGUGCUUGUGCCUCCCGAGAUGGAGGCGCUGUUGACCUCAUGGCUCUGCCGCCCCCAGGGAAUGAAGAGGAGGACGAGGCAGAUGGUGGUGUAGAGAAGCCGCCACCACCACCACCUGCUGCUAUCGCUGCCCCACCACCUGGCUUCAGGGACAACAGUUCAGAUGAGGAUGACCCAAAGAGAGGGAGGAAGUCUCGAACCAGUGCCAGCCUUGGGGUCGCCUCUGGGAAGCUGGCCCAAACCAAGGAAGCUGUGCCAGUGACUCUAAUUGAUAAUGUGGCCACGAGAACGGUCCGAGAUCAUGCCCAGGAGCUUGAUGAUGCGUUGGUGUCCACCUUACAGGCUCUAGAGGCUUUGGCAGCCUCUGAGGACUACCCACAUCACCCUCAACAGCCAACACAGACUGCAGGGCUAAUUGUCUUAGCUGCAAUUACACCUGAGUCAUCAUUGGACUCAGGCCACGAGACCAACUCUUCUGAAUUGGCUGAUGUUUCGGAGAUGGUGUCGGCCAUGAAGCAGAACCAGAACCAGGCCUACCUGCUGGCUCAUCAUAUCAACAAAGAACGUAUACUCUGCCGUCGUGACUUUCCCCUGGCUAUCCCUGGCUGCACUGCAAAGACCAUAGGGACUGGGGCCUUUUCUGUGGGUCAGAUUCGUGCUGGCUGUCCAACCAAACAAGUCAUUCUCAGCAAGACGAUUCCCUUUAAAGUCAGUCCCUGUCAAGACCCUGCAGUACUCAAUGUUGUGACAGAGCAAGGGGGCAAUCAAGAGACCCAGAAGGAACAGAAAGCAGAGAUGAAAGCAAACCCUGAGUCCACCAAAGCAAACACCCCUGAUGACCAUUCUAAGUCACCUGAUGAACUUAAAGUGUCUAGUGCUUCACUGACAGCUCAAGUCAGUAAAGAUCAGAAGCUAUCUAGUUCUUCUGGGGAGAGCCUGAGACAAAAUCUUUUGGAGGGCAUAAAGGGGAAGACGACAGCACCUCUUAAUGGAGACCCUAGCAGCAAAGCCUUACCUAUCCUCCAACCUGUGGACAGAAUUGCCUCUGCCAAGAUUUCACCAACUAAUAUGUGCCAAGAUGCCAAGACUGCCUCUAGUGAGACCAUGAAGCCUUCAAGCUCUACAGAACUUUUGUCAGUUGACGGCCUUUUCUGCACGUGUCCGGUGCAACAGGAGACUGGGCCUCAAACUAAACUGAAAGAUCCACAGGUUCAGAAGAUAGCCGUGUAUCAAUCCUCCUCUCCCACGGAUGACGAGCGUCUCCGGGCCAAGAGCCUUCAACUUGCUAACAGCAAGGACAACGUAGUGAGAGUAGGGGCGGAUCCUUGUUUGGCAAAACCUAGCCCUCAAACACAAAUGAAGUACUCCCCUCAUUUGCCUGUAAAAGCAGAGAGGAAAGAGGCAGCUGAAAACAAGACUGAGAGUGCUCCGAGCAAAUCCCAACCCGAGUCACAGAAAUGCCCCAUAAAAUCGUUACCUAUUUUAGAUGAUCUGACAACACUCAGCCCUUCUGUAGAUAAGGUCUCCACUCUCCCAGCCAGAGACUCAAAGAUGCAAUGCAGUAGUAAGAGCAAAUCACAGCGCAGUGCUCCCUUCUUGAGCUUUAAAAACCUUCUUUCAGCUACGUUUCCGGCACGAAUGCGAAGAGAAACAGAUGAACGGAGGGCUCAGUUACAGAAAGUCCGUCAGUAUGAACUAGAGUUUUUAGAGGAGCUGCUAAAACCCAAGUCAUCCCAAGGGGAAUUCUUGCCCCAGGGAUCCUCACCUGUGCCCUCAGGCACUCCUUGUGCUUGCCAGCUCCGCACAAGCCCUGUCCUAAAGGCCCCAGGUAUAUCCAGGGAGCAGCGACGGAGCUGUGACUGUAAGCGGAUGUGUAGAGGCAUGCGACUACCUGACACACCGGUUGGAUCCACAACAGAGACACAAAACAGAGGAAGAGAGGGACCCAUCUCUAAAACCCCUCCGGCAGUCUCCAAAGCAACUCACAUCCAAGGUGCUUCAAGGAGACCUCAGAUCUUGGAGAUCAAGACAACACGCAUACGCUCUACCAGUCUGGAGUCCAGAGAGCCUAGGGGGGAGCAAGGUUCCCGCUUGCCGAACUGUACUUCUCAAUCCGAUUGCACGGCAUCUCCACAACACAAGAAGCUCCAGAGGCGAUACAGCAUUGGAGAGCUGGAUAACAGCACUAGCAUGCCUGUGUAUGCUGAGGUGAGACCCAAAGCCAAGAGUCUAGAAAAGGAGAUGGAGAGAGUGAGGGCCACAGGGCUGAGGCUCCCUACCCCAGUAGAGCCGGUCCACACUCAGUCUCACCAAGCAGAGGGGAAGGGUAAAAAGGGUGUGUUUUUCAUUCAGGGAGAGGAGCAAAUGCGUGAAAGUAAAGAAGGGACCAGUGAGGUGCUGCUGACCCUGCCUGGUGAAGACAGCGACGACAAGGAUAAAUGCUGCUCGUUCUGCUUCUGCUACAGGAAGUGCGAGGCUGCAGAUGAAAGCAGUGAAAAAGAGGAGCUCUCAUACUCCAUACCCCUUCAGGUCCUUCCAGGCAUGGAGCUAGACUCGCGUACCUUUCCCGUAGUGAGCAAAACGCUCCAGGUUCUUGAUGCAGAGGAUUGCAGUGGGGGUGAAGAGCAGGAGGAGGAGGAGGAGGAGGAAGAGGAGGAGCCACAGACACAGGAGAUUGACCUGAGAGCCUGUGGUACAAUGGAGGGGAGCCUUGCACGGGUCCAGGCUCUCCAGGGGAAAUGUUUCUGCUUGCCUGACGGUUUCCUAAAUGCCCAGUUGGAUGCUAAUGAGCUGCUAGCUAUUCUGCGUCAGUGUGCUAACAGCCCACAGCCGGAGGGCGAGGCUCGCCUUCAGCCCCCACAGAUUGCAGAGUACAAACAGGAGCUGGCAGUGCGCUUCAAGGAAUUCAGAGCAUCUUGUCGACGAGUGGCGAGUGUUGAAAAAAGCCCGACACGUAUGCUCGCUGUUGUCACAGCCAGCUUUCAAGUGUUGUGUGAACUAACGCAGACCUUCAUAAAAUUGGUCAGGGGGGUUCGUUCGGAAACCCAAAGGCUGCAGCUGUUACGAAAGGUUGAGGAAGUAGCUAUCAACUACACGUUGCUUCUGCGCGCAGCGGAAGAAUCGAUGGGGCACUCAAGCAGCUUGCCGACGAAAUCAGUGAGCCCUCAAGUCUCCUCCAACACCAAUAACAUGAGCUCCCUCACUCGACCCAUCAAAACUCUGCCUGCCCAGUAACAACACAUCUGGCAGGCAUGGGAUCCAUACCGCCGAGGCUGUACUGUGCUACUCUACCCAAAUUCAUUAUUUGUUUAUUGUUUACAUUUUUUACAAGACAUGCAAUGACUUAUCCUCAGUAAAAAUUGCAAUGCAGCUGUUCCAUCUCAUAUUUACAGGCCCUGAGGUAGCCUCGUGGAUCUUGUUUUGAAAUCUAAAGAUACACCAAACUAAUGCACAAUGGAAUAAGAACCCGAUAACAGACUGGGUGAUACAGGGCUAAUCCCCUUAUAUUAAAAUUCAUACAUAUGUCAUUAGUAUAAUAUUUUAUAUGUGAUGUAUAUUGGGGUUGUGUCUACUUAGCAAAUAAUAUAAAGUUUUGUGAAGAAAAAAAGUGAAGAAUAUAUUUGAAAUGUACUGAAAUAAGAGAACUAUAAAGAUUAUAAUAAAUCAUCAAAUAAAUGUUUCCUCUGGACAAAAACUCUUCAGAGAUCUCGUCAAGUAGCGACUUCUGUAAACCGCAUAGUCCAAAGCGUUGGCUGGUUAGAUGGUGAUGUGUUCGUUUUUUGAAAAUAUUAACUGUUGUAAUGCAAAAUGGAGAUCUCUGUUGGCAAUAGUGACAAUGUCUGGCGUAGUGAUACAUGAAUCAAAAUGUAAGUGACAGUGUUGGAAAAUGAAAACCGCUGAAAGACGACUAUGACAUUUGAAACUAUAUUGACUGACAGAGGCCCAUUCUCUCACUAUGACAGUGCAGGUAUGAAACACACUCGCUCUGGGCAGACAAUGUAGCAGAGACACAAGUCGCAGUCUUAUCCACGGUACAGUAACGAGUGUUGUUACCUCACUCGGCUGUAGGAGAGGGAUACCCACAUUGUACUAAAUAACACACGGUGUAUUUGACACCUUCACUGAUCCAUGGCUCACUUGCAACUCACUUGUCUUGAAUUAUAGUUUUUAAAUAUAGCCGUCAACGCGCAAGUGGGAAAACGUAUCACUAGAAUUUUGCACAAAUUGAAAUUAGCUCUGAAGUUGAAAUGUAUCUUUUAAUAGUUGAUUAAGUGGUUUUUGUUUUACACUGCUGCUGGGACCUCACUCAAGUCCACGUUACCAGUUUUACAUAAUUCAUCUCCUCAAAGGUACAGCGUUCCCGUUUCAGAAGAUCUUUUGUUUUAAUUCAGGUUUUCAGAUAAAGUAUAUAAUAAUUUGCUUUCUAUGUGCUGUUAUACAUUGUGCAAUCUAGCAAAUAUAUAAAACCCCACAAAGUAGUUUUCUAUGUAUUUUAAUAAAACUAACACAUCUGUUUCCUGUCUGAAAUUUUCUUUGUGUCUCAUCCUCUUGUUAUUCCUUAAAUUGAGUCAGAGAGACUUGGCCUAAUAUGUGUUCUGGACAUAAUGUUAAAAGAGAGUACUAUUAAAAUCAAAUCAAUUGUGACAACUGGACAGUCAAAAAGAACGAGAAUAUUGUCCUAUAAAUGCACACAUUCUGUGGCCAAAUUAUGUCUUUGUGCUGCGGUAAAUCUGAGCCACUUACAACUUUUUCGUUUUCAGCUUAAAUGAUUGUUUUCUAAUUUGUCUGUGAUUAAUUCUUCAUCAAUAUAGCUAUAUAGCUCCCCAUACCAUAACAGUUUUAAUUUUCGACUGAGAUUGACUCCCAAUGAAUAACAGAAGUCACAAUAUAAACGUUGUUAUGCUUAUUUUCUUGUUUCAGAACCCAUUGGUAGUGUUUACAAAGCGCCCUCUUUGAACAGUUGGUCUUUUCCUGUUGAUGUGUCAUUGUCCAUAGGCAUAUCCAGUGUUCUCCCACUGUACUGCAUGUUUUGCUUUACAUGUUAGACUUUCAGAGGCUGAUACUUUGACCAUUGAAGGUAAUGAUAUUGUUUAUAUGAAUAAUUUUUAAUUUCUAAAGUUGGAAGAACAGGCAAAAAAUGAAAUAUGUUCAUGUUUUACAAAUGGUAUUCAGUAUGGAAAUGUAUUAUUCUACACAACUGUAAAUAGUAAGAUAACAUAUUUGAGAGAAUAAAACACUUUUAAAAUAUUACCUGUAAUACUAAUAUUUAUCCAAACUAUUCACUCUUUUGUAAAAAGGAAAAUACAAAACAAGUCUGUAAGGUAAUCAUUUAUAGUAGUAAUGUAACAUAGACACUAAUAGCAAAACCUAUAUUUUAUUGAGUAUAUAUUGAGUAUAAAGCAUGUAACAUGUUUAUUUUUAUAAAGAAAAAUAUCAGACUAUGUUCUCUCAUCAGCUUUUGAACAUUUUAACAUUCUGGUAAACAUUUUCUGUGGUUGACAUUGUUCAGUUGUUUUGCUAAACUAUGUGGAUUUGUCUGUGUUUCAUUCCCACGAUGAGCCUGCAAUGGCUUAAUCCAUUGUUUCUUUAUGUGCACUAUUCAUUCCUGUCUUUAUUUACUGUCAAUGAUCUUGUCGUCACUGUGGUCUGUGUACAAAGUUAACUCAUGUUUUACGAGCAAUAAAGACUAUAAUAUAA